UCAGGUUUUGGAAAAAUUCAGUGCUGUUGUUUUCACUUCCUUUAGGAGGGCCAGGAGGUUUUGGCAAAUAUAGUUUCCAAUAUUAAUAUAGAAAAUUCUGUACAUUGGGAAAUGGCAUACAAGCAAGAAAACUGCCCCUAGUACCUUACUGAAAAUCACCAGGUGUACUGCCACCUCUUGCCAACUGUGUCAGCGUGCAAUUCUAGCCUUCAACUGUUUCUAGUUCUUCAGUUUAAACAGGAACAACCAUCUGGUUUUAAAACUUCUUUUUAUUUCCAGUGUUUCUGAAAGGGCUAUCAAAUUGUGUUGUAACAGCAAAGCUGCCCAAGCGGAAAGUUUUUGCAAAGGGUUUGACUGUCCCACAUGUGCACCAAGAAAAACAAACUUCAGAGAGUAAGUACGAGCUCUCCCUCCAGAGCCACAAAAGCGGCAUAGCAGUAGAUGGAAGGAUAGAAAUAGAUACUGGCUUUCAGACACAAAACUUUGACAAAGUUCUCCCAAACUGCAAUUUCUUUCACUAGCAGUAUUGCCCCUACCAAUAAAUGCAUUGGGCUAGGCGCUUUGGGAGCCCACGGCUGUAAUGAGAAAGCAGUAUUUAAGCACUGACUGCUUAAAUAAGAAGCUACCCAGCCCCAUGAGGCAUCCUAGCUCCCCUUAAAAACCUCACCUGACUUCAGCAGGACAUUACAAGCCCUUCUCCUGUGACUGGGUUUACACACCAGUUUUGCCUGGGGGCCAGGCAGGAACCGAAAGAUAUUUGAAAUAUUUUAAAGUAAAAAGUUUCUGAGAUUCUAGAGAGAUUUACAGCUUCCUGUGAAAGCCUAUAGUAGGCUCUGAAUUGUUCCUCUGCUCUGGUCCACGUAACUUAGCCUAGCCUAACUAUAAUGAAGAAAAGUUUGAACUGUCAAAGACUCAUAAACACAUCUGAAAUAUUCUUCUUUGUCUCCUUUUAGAGGGAAUUCCAUCCACAAAUGACAAAGAUAUGCUGAACAGACAGAAACUAAGUAUCACCAAAAGAGUGUUCAUCCCUUGCAUCCUGUUAGCUUUUGCAAUAUUGUUUUGCUGUAUCGUGUUUGUUACAUAUGAAACUCCCUGCCUGGUAAGUUUUUGAACACGAUAGCUUUUCAUCUUGAUCCCCCACCCUCAUACAGCCUUGUAAGUAUGACUGAUGAGUUGAAAUAUGUUUACAAAGUUCUCGGGAAGGGAGAACUGUCCUUACAGAUAUGGACAGAAACUGUGUGCCCAGUAUAGUGAGACAAGAAAAAUACAUUGUCUGAGAUCUGUAGACCUCCUGAAUUCACUGUACUAUGAUGACUGCUACCAUCUCACAAACAUCUUGAUAUAUCAGGACACUUUUUCCUAGAGGAAACCUUGUUCCUACUUCUCAGCAGAGAUCAGCAGCAGAGUAAUCCACCAGCUCCCUGGCAACCCAGCUACUAGUUUAUGAGAGGCAUAUCUGAUUCUUGGUUGUAAUCAACUGCCCCCCAAAUUACUGCUGUCAAUGUGAGGCCAUUCUGUCAAAAGGCAGCCAAGAACCAAGCUUGUACUCUUGUGCAUGGGCAGCUGCUGGGCAGCUGGGAGAGGUACUGCUCAUGCCAGAGGAAGAACAGUUUAAAGGUGAAAGAGAAUAGACAAGACUUUCAAAGGACAGGUAACCCUCUCUAGUCUUCUAGGCUGCAGGAUGAACUAUUUAAGCAUGCUGGUUGAGGGUCUAUACGCAAGGGGGAGAUACUGAGAACAGAAGACCUCAGGACCUGCUUCCUUCUGUAAAGCCUAAAAAUCCAGUAGCAUUCACCACGGCCCCUCUAGAAACACAUCGCCAUUUUUUAGCUUUAAACAGUGGCAAUUCCUCACCAUCUCCUACAUGCCACUAACUGCUUUUGCUUCUUUCCCAAGUGCUUGUGCCCUGCCUGGAUCAACAGCGUAUGGAGCAGCAGAAGAAGAAGCCGGUCUGCAGCCUGCCUCCUAGUGCACAACCAAACAGCAACACUUUUAAACCCGUUUCCGAAGAGCACAGAACAGAAGCCACUGGAAGCUUGUGUUUGAUUCAGCCUCCCUUUCCCAGAUACUACUGGUCAGUGUCAACCAAAUUUGACUGAGUGAUAUCAGGCCUCAAUGCAAGCAGUUUCCAAGCGAAGAUCUGAUUAGGUAGUAAGGAGACAGCUCAGUCUGUGCCGGCGGGAUGCUGGGUGGGCUCAGCCAUCUCCAUGCUGGCUGGCAGCCAUCUGACAAGCCUUGUGUACCUCCCGGGCAAACAGCAAGCACGGCAGGUGCCAUCGUGCCCAUGGUCACCAGCAGAGAUGGGAGGGAGCUCAGUGAGACAGGAGGGAAGCUGGGAAUGUUGGUAUGAGGCAGAUGUAUGGGGCCAGUCUGGGCUCAUCCACUCCACAUGAUAACCUGGCUUUAGGUGCAUCUAAGCAACAGUUACUGUGCUUGAAGAUAGACCUAUCCCCUCCCCCUCAAAAAAUGACAUACCCCUGAAUUAUUAUGGUGCCUUUUCACGAAGAAAUUAUUUAAUCUUGUGCUUCCUCACCAUUAAGUUAACUGCUGAGGUUGAACAGUUAAACUCUACUCCAACCUCUCGCUGAGACAUGGGAACAAGUCACUUCAGCUUAUCCAGUUACUUGCCUGUCACCCAGCUCUAACAACUGCCUUGUAAUGAAACUGGAGAGCUUAGCCCUGCCAACACACAAGAAGCCCUGUGAAUAUUACACAUACAGAACAAUCCGCUUGACAGCAUUUAAUUUGCAGAAAUUAUCAGUAAAUAAUUUCAAAUAGCAAAUGAAAAUUACCUCAUUUGUUAAAACUUCUAAGUAGAAAAAAGCAGCACAUGAGCAUAUUAUUCAUUACAAGUUAUCCACUUAAGUCUUCUCAGAGUGUAACUGUAGCGAAAAAUGUGCUAUAGUGAGAGGUUCAGAAAUUGAACUGAGACCCUUAAGGGCCAUUUCACACAAGCCAUUGAACAGCCAUCAGCUGGUAACACCUCUGGGCCUCUACUAAGCUGAAAACCAUCUGAACAGACUUAAGGCAAAAGGCUUCUUCUGUCAUGGCUCCCCCCAGGAGACAUCUGGAGUGCUGCAAAUUCUUUACUUCAGUUCAGCCAGGAGAUGUCGCACCACUAAAUUACUGAUCUGAAAAACCAAGUGCUAGUGUAUAAGGUUGCUUAACAUUUCUCAUGAACAUUUUUUCUUCCCUUGCCAGACAGAGGCAUACCAGCAAGACCCUGACGUGAAAAGAUCCAAAACCAUUUUCAUUCAUGAAACCUAGCCGUGAAAAGCUGCAGGCAUCAGAAGAACGCCCUUUUUACCUGUGAAGAUCCACCACCUUUCCCUCACCACUUACUGGAAAGAGCAGAAACCAACUGCUGAGAAAAUACCCAUAUGCUGAUUCCUUCCACUAACUACCCAGAACCUUAUUUUAAUUCCCAGUUACCAGAAAAACCUGUUAGCAUAGGCAGUAAAUAUUUCAUUGACAUUCCAAACUCUGCCUCUCCCAAAUUCUUAAUUUUUUCCCGUAAGUUUUCACAUGCAUUCGGGGCCUGGGCAAAAGGAAAAAGAAAUAAUUUCCAGUAUUUUUCCUCUUGCUAUUAAAAUAGUUCAGACAAGGAGCAUACAUGUAGCAAACAUCCCACAAUACCAGACCUUCUUCUCCAGCCUCAGCAGGAAUAAUGCAGAUAUUAAUUGUUGAGCUUUAGCACUUCUCCCGGCCUAAGCAGGUGCUUCACAUUUUCAGGUGCUGAUACAAAAUCAGUCUCUGAUCUAUCUUCACGGUAUGUAUACCUAAUGCAGUCUUCUGCUCUCAGACAUGAACUGCCAAAGGCUACAUCUGUCUGCUACAGACAACAGCUCUCAAGUUCCCAGAAUUUGCAUAAAUGAACAGAAGCAGCCUUCAAGCCUCACAGUGAACAAUAUACAACUUCCUCUCAGUGAUGCAGAUCCUGUUCAUCUAAAUCAACAUCAUGCAUGCUCUGAGGAACACCAGAAGAAUCUCACACAAAUUAUCUCACAACAGCAUAAAAAAAUGUUACACAGAAACAGCAAUGACAGGCGGGUUCUGCGGAAGAGGUAUGGGGUCACUGAGCUAUGUGGGGUGGACAUCGCCCUGGCCAUGUUAGGUGCUUCAGGCAGGUCGAGUUUACUGCAAGAACAGUGCCCCAGCAUAAGCAAGUGUUUGAAAUCCAUGAAACACCAGUUACAUAUGCCAGCACCAGGGCAUCAUAAAUGUACAACCAGUGUAAUAUCUGCAAUACACCAUAAUUUAAUUGUCAGUAUUGCUAUUACAAUUCCACCAAGCUCUGAACAAGUACUGUGUCCCCACAGGAACACAAUACAGCAUACGAGGCUACCGCAGAGGUGACAAGAUAUACCAUGAGGCGAGUAUUGCCACUGUGCCAGGUUGGCUGUGCAGACCAUCCAAUACAAAAACAAAUUACCAUUUUAAACAACACAACAAGCUAAAUCAUUCCCAAGCCUUAGGCUUUCAUGCAGUGCAAGUCUCCUUAAACCCUAUUCGCAUCCCUCUGACUGGAUGUUCUCCACAAGCCAAAACCCAUGUGUGCACCUAAUUUGCAAGGUCACCCACAGCAUAUGUGGGAGACAGCCACCAGAUGUCCGUGGGCAGGACAGUGCCUGCAGGCAGACAGGGAAGGGACUGCACAGCCCUUUCUCAAGCAAAGUUAGCCAAGAUUUGCCUUCACUACCUCAGAAAAAGGAUGAACCCAAAAAGAUUAUUUCCUUGGCAGGAACCAUCCGAAAGCCGAUUUAUUAACUGCUAUGGGAAGUUUAAAUUCAUAAAAUCACAUCACAGAAUGAUUUGGGUUGGAAGGGACCUUAAAGUUCCAACCCCCCGCAGGGGCCGGGCCACCUCCCGCCAGCCCGGGUGGCUGCCAGCCCCGUCCACCCGGCCCUGAGCCCUGCCAGGGAUGGGCACGCACCGCCGCUCUGGGCGGCUGUGCCGGCGCAUCGCCGCCCUCAAUGAAGUGUUUUUCCCGCUGCCUGACGCCCCGGGAGGCUGCCGCGCCGCGCCGUGCCGUGCCCGCGGGCCUGCCGAGCCCCCGGCCGCCUCACCCCCACCGCGCCCUGCAGCCGCGGGACCAAGGCGCGGCCCGGGCGGGAGGCGGGCACAGGCCGCACGCCACGGGGCCUCCUGCUGCCCGGGGCCGGGGUACGGACGCUGCCCCGCGAGACCCCGCACCCGCAGCCAGGACCGGAGGCCGCAGCUGCUGAGGGGCGGGCCGGGGCCGGGGCCGCGCACGGGGGCGCGCACGCCUGGCGCAGGCGCACGGCGGGGCGCGGCAGGCCGUGGUGCGCGGGGCCUACCCGCCGUGAGGGCACUCUGGGAGCAUCUCAUCUGCGAGGGCUGCGUGAGACGUCUGUGGGGAGCGAGCUGCCUUUCCGGACAUACUCGUUGGGGCAAGGCUUAGCUACAGGCUGUUAGGCAAGAGGGGUUUUAACUCAGAGGAGCAAGAACAUCACUAAGGGAGAGAGAUGGAGCGCCUGGCCUCCUUCAGUAAUGACCCUUUUGAUAAGCCUCCGUGCCGAGGUUGCUCUUCGUACCUCACGGAGCCUUACGUUAAGUGCGCUGAGUGUGGGCCUCCUCCCUUCCUCCUAUGUUUGCAGUGUUUCACACGAGGAUUUGAAUACAAGAAACAUCAAAGUGAUCACACUUAUGAGAUAAUGACUUCCGAUUUCCCUGUCUUGGAUCCUAACUGGACAGCUCAAGAGGAAAUGGCUCUCCUAGAAGCUGUGAUGGACUGUGGAUUUGGAAACUGGCAGGACGUGGCCAACCAGAUGUGUACAAAAUCCAAGGAGGAAUGUGAGAAACAUUAUAUGAAACACUUUAUCAACAAUCCCUUGUUUGCAUCAACAUUACUGAACCUGAAGCAGGCAGAGGAGGCGCAGCACAGCGAAACAGCCAUUCCUUUCCACCCUGCUGAUGAUCCCCCACGGCCGACUUUUGAUUCCUUGCUCUCCAGGGAUAUGGCUGGGUACAUGCCAGCGAGAGCUGACUUUGUUGAGGAGUUUGACAACUAUGCUGAAUGGGAUUUGAGAGAUAUUGAUUUUGUAGAAGAUGAUUCAGACAUUUUGCAUGCUCUGAAGAUUGCAGUUGUAGAUAUCUAUCACUCCAGGUUAAAGGAAAGACAGAGAAGAAAAAAAAUUAUAAGAGAUCAUGGACUAAUCAACCUCAGAAAAUUUCAAAUUUUGGAAAGGCGAUAUCCAAAGGAGGUUCAAGACCUUUAUGAAACAAUGCGACGGUUUGCACGAAUUCUUGGACCGGUAGAGCAUGAUAAGUUCAUUGAAAGCCAUGCAUUGGAAUUUGAGCUGCGAAGGGAAAUAAAGCGACUACAGGAAUACAGAGCAGCAGGAAUCACCAAUUUCUGUAGUGCCAGAACAUACGAUCACCUUAAGAAGACAAGAGAGGAGGAGCGCCUGAAGCGCACUAUGCUUUCUGAGGUCCUGCAGUACAUCCAGGACAGCAGCGCCUGCCAGCAGUGGCUCAGUCGACAAGCUGAUAUUGAUUCCGGCCUGACUCCCACAGUACCAGUUCCUUCAAAUUCAGGUAGACGGAGCGCCCCACCACUGAACCUCACGGGGCUCCCGGGCACUGAGAAACUCAACGAGAAGGAGAAGGAGCUCUGUCAGAUGGUGAGGUUGGUCCCUGGAGCCUAUUUAGAGUAUAAAGCUGCUUUAGUGAACGAGUGUAACAAACAAGGAGGCCUGAGACUGGCGCAGGCGAGAGCACUCAUCAAGAUCGAUGUGAACAAAACCAGGAAAAUCUAUGAUUUCCUUAUCAGAGAAGGGUACAUCACGAAAGCCUGAGGACAGACAUCAUUGCUUUGGCUGGAGCAGGCAGAUGUGGAGAAGCUUUGAAGUCACUUUGACAGCGCUGAAAGAUUUUAACAGCGUUGAAUGAAGGACAUUUCCUUUUGUUUAAAAUCUUUUGGGGCUUUUUUUUUUUUUGUAAAAACAAGUAGGGAGCUUUGUUGAAUUGUAUGAAUACUGACAUUUCUUUGUCUGGUUUCCUUUUGACUCUGCUGUUUAACACUGCUGUUGUCAGAAUUAUGCUGCCACGUAGCACUGGAAAGAAUCAUAUGCCAUAUAAGCUAAUCUUUAAAUGUGAAUGGGCAUUCAUUUCUAACACCUCUUGUAACUAAAAAGAGAAUCACGGUACUUUUAUGCUGACAGCGACACAGAAUACGGGCAGAAGAGUAGCACAUAAUAAGAGUCACCGUUUGACUUUGUGUGAGUACAGGGGUAUGGAAACACAGUCCCCUCCCUUCUUGUACUCCUUCCUAAAAGUGUCAGCUUUCAAAGCAGAUAGCACACGCCUGAGGAUACAAAAAUAGAGCUUGCAGUGGUCCAGUCUUUUUAACUUAAUUGUGAUAAAGGAUGGGAAAGGACAUUGCAGGGAAGCUCCUCAACAGUUGUUACUUUUAUGUGAUAUUAGCACAUACCACAGCAUGAGAGCACUGUACAAACCAAUCAGCUUCAUCUGCUCACCACUUGAUUUGUGAUUGUCAAGUUAUAUAUAAUCCCUCAGCUUAGAUCUGGGUUGGAAAGGCUGGAUGUUGGAAAGGCUGGAUGCUACAACCGGAGCAGCCUUUUGCAACGUAAAUCAAAAGACGCUCAGGACCCCGACAUUCUCUCGCAAAAGGUAACGGCGGAAGAGCAGCACGAACCGCCCAGAGCACGUGCCCAGCCCUCCUCUUGGUGGGACCUUAUCCCCUCGGCUCACCGCGAGAGCGAUGACAUGCCCAGCUGACCAACAACGCGAUGACGAGGUACAGCAAGUUACUCCACACACACACCCUGUCACAUCAAAUGAUCCAUGGUACGACUUCAGCGCCAAACGUUUGUAUUUUAAAAUACAAGUGGAUGCUGAAGACGGUUCUUUUCAGAUGCAGCUUGGCGUGGUUCACUAGGCAGUGAAGUCUUUAUCCGGCAGCUCCAUUGCCGACCUGCAACACUCAAAUGACAUCCCACGAUUAACCGAACAGCCAAAGCAGUGGGAUGCUGGGUGCUCUCACAUUUGGGAUCUUGUGUAGAAAAGCCUAACUGAGCUACAACGAUACUGAUACCUAUUUCAGGUGUUCAGGUUUGAGGUUUGGGGUUUUUCCCCCCCCCAAGUGUAAUUAUCCUGUGUACCUGAGGUGCUACUGAAUGUGAAGUAUUUUGGUUUGUAAUAAAAUCAAAAUGACUUGAAACAA